AACACCUACCCAAAAAUAUUUCUGCUCAAAGAAGAUGGGUAAAGAAGAAAGUAGUUCGGAAGAGAAUUAUACGAUCGAAAUUGAAAUCACCGACGAAUGAUUUGGAGAGCAAUAUUUCACAGCAUCUCUAGCAUGCACAAUCCAUGGUUCCUAGAGGUAAAGCCCCCCAGGAAUCCAGGAUUUAACUUGUAUCGACGACCAGGAACACCAUCGCUACCUCGCGGCACUUUUACAGCAAUACCGUCCGCGAAGUUACCCCUAAAGACGAAAAUCUAUCCGGUGCAAUUAGAUAUCGAGAAUUCACGCGUUUUAGGAUUAGUGGCUGAUCAAAAUGGAAAUCCCCAAAAUUUGGAUCUCAUACUAGCCAACACACCAGCAUCGAUUUCCUCGACAACUGACUCGGGUAUAGAACAACCGUCGGCUACAAUUUUUAUAAUCUUGUGA